AUGUCGCUCAACUGUUAUAGUCCGACAAAACGACGUGUCGCGUCGCCCAAGAAGUCUUCGACCAAGGUCCCGGAAGACGAGAAGCCCUACGCCGCUCUCGAUGAGACACAGCGCUCGCAUGCGUAUCGCUACAUUGGAAAUAACUUCUAUCGCGAGCAGGUAGACAGAGAGAAUGCCUCCAAGAUGCAGCAGCGCGGUCAGACCGAGUCUGCGUCGACAGACAUCCGUUCAGAGGAGAAGAGUCUUCCGCCUGAGCCAGACAUCAACUCCCCGCCAGCAACUACCAUCACUACGUUCAUGAUGCAGAUGAACCAGCCCCAAUCCCCGCCGAAGCAUGAAGAGUUGAAGCUCGUACCUAACAGUGAGGCCGAGCCGAUGGCUACUGACCGUGCUCUGAUCGAGAGUCGCAGCGAAGGCAGGCUCUUUCGUAUGAUGUCACAAAGGACAGACAGCCCCAUGGAUGCUUCUCUGUCCAGCUCGGGAGACGAUACGCCGCCCAACGUGCCUCGCCAGCACUUUGCGAAGCACCCAGCCCACCGGCGCAAGGUUUCGUUGCCAGGAAACACUAAGACCUCCUCUUCCAAAGAUUUGCGCAAGCCUGGCAAGCUGUCGUUCACCAUCCCAGGUAUCAAGGCUCCCGCCAGCUCUUCAGCCGUAGGCAAUCAGAGUAACGCUUUGGUUGAGCUUGACAUCCCAUCCAAGGCCGCAAAGUUUCUAGGCACGUCGACUACAGCAGAUGCUCACAACAGCUCGUCCAAGUGGACUCUGAACUUGAAUCGUCGCAAGGCCCAGCGAAAGCGUGCUAACACCACCAGUUCUCUCCCCGAAACUACUCUUGAGCAGGACGACAAGGACCUUACGGCACUGCCUCCUGUCUUCCCAGCCAGUAUUUCGGCAGAGCCUGAUCGCAAGACGGCUUUCGAGGACAGCACUGUCCGUAUCGCCAUUGACUCGUACAGCAACAGCCGCCGGUUCGCUCCUCAAGAGUCUAACCCAUCCCUUCCUCCCACACCGCCUGCCAAGGAUACUCCACCUCACAUCAGGACUGCGCUUGACGCCCUUGCUGGAAAGAACCGGGGUGGUAUGAGCGGUCUGGGUAUCGACACUGCGGAUGAGUGUGACGAAAUAUUGAGCAUAGACUUCGGUGAAAAGGCACGGAAGGACGAGAAGGGCCCAGCAACAUGGUUCAAGCAUGGAGCAGCUGAAUACGCGAGGCUGAUUGAGAUCUCUCCAAGCUUGCAGUCCUUGCAAGCGAGUGUCAUCGGCUCUCCGACCAGUAACAUGUAUUCUGGAGAGACCCCGCGUCCCGAUGGCCUACGUCCUGACGGUCUUCGCUGGGACGGCUUGACAAAGGAAGGCUAUCUCCCGCAGAUGGCCUAUAAGCCCAACAACUAUUCGCCCUCGGUCUACUCGACGUUGUUCAAGACCCCGGAUCUCAAGGAGCGCGGAAAGAGGCCUCAUUCGUUCAAAGCUACGCCCGCUCUUCACACCAUCGUCGACUCUUCACCACCCUGCGGCGACCUCGCCAGCUCGAAGUUGAACGAUCGCGCCAACGCCGACGAUAGCCCCAGCUCAAAGAAGUCGCUGCCUGUUGUGUACCGCCUGUCUCAAGGUGAGUUUGCCAUCGAGGACGAGAACGGCACCCAAGUCGCGGACGAGAAGAGUCACAUUGCCUGUCCGCCUCGUACCUCGUCUUUGAAUUGGACGAAGAAGCCGCCGCCUGGUGCGCGUCUUUCCCUUAUCCCAACUAAGCUCCGUCAUGCACUCGCCGCUUCGGACAUCUCAAUAACUUCUCCCAACCGCAUUGUAGACCGAGCUUCAUCAAACAUGGCAAACGUGCGCGACGACCCGCAGCGCACCAGCUACGAUGGUGCUGCUGAGCGCAAGCCUGCUUCGAGCAGUACCGAGCCCCAGACCGACGGCAGCAACCCCAACGCGCCGCACGGCGGCCAGUCUUCUGACCAUGCCUUCCAACCUUCGAUCGGAUUGACGCCGUACUUGGCCCAGCAGCUUGGCGACAACCCAAACCCGAUCACCCCCGGCUUCCACCACCCCAGUGCUGUGCCGUCGCCUCUUGCACCUUUCCUUCCUACCAUUCAGCCCACCAUGCCGACUCACGAGCAGCUACUCACGCACUUCCACGUGCUCCACUACCAUAUCGAGGAGACUUUCCGCACCUUCAGCGAUGUGCAGAAGCUGACUAAGGAGGAAAUUGUUGGUAACAGCGAGAAGUUCUUCAGUGAGAUACGCAGUACGAUGGAUGAGUACUUUGCCGACGUUCGUUCUCACCUGAACGCUAUCGAACACAACAUGGGCCGUGCUAUUGGCGAGACCGAGAACCUGAAGAGCACCCUGGAUGCCAACUCUCGCAGCAUGGACGAUCACGUCUUCAAGCCCCUGAGGAAGAUCACCAAUCAGAACUGCGAGUUGAUCAAGAAGCUAUCAAGUGUCGAGGAGCGUGUCAACCAACUCGAGAAGAAGUUGGAAACGAGCCCACCUGCUGUUGGCUCGACCGACAGGAACGGCCAGGGUCAGAACCGGACCAACAUGGAUGGCGUUGCGCGGCAGUGGGGCAACUACGAUGCCUCUCACCACAUGUUGACUGGUGGUCAACAGCAGGACCGCCAGCCGUAUACUGAUGUUGGUGGUCGCUACUACAAUGGUCAGGACGGCUACUAUUCCGGCACCUCGUACAACUACGUUCGGUCCGGAACUCGGUUCUAG